AUGUCGGCAAAGAAGUCAAGGUCUGCGAGUUGGCUGAGCUUCAUACCAAGACCAACACGAAGGUUCUCGGCGUCUUCCGCGGAACCUGUAGCCAUAGUAAGCGAACAGAAGCGUGAGGAAAAUCAAGCUGGUGAUUCUGCAGGCCCAUCAGCCCCGGUCGGAAACGACACCCAGGGGCCAAGCGGCCCCAAUACCACGUUCGAUACGUCGACAGAAGCACCAAGUAUCCCUGUCGAUAUCGAUGAACAGCAGGACCCAAAAUCGGAUCCUUCUGCCGCACCCGAUCUAAGGCCUGGUUCUGCAGCAUCAUCGUACGGCAUUGCUCUGCAAGAGAUAGUGCCAGAUGAGCCGUCGCUUCCGCCCGGCUUGAGCAUUGAAGCCUUCAAAGAGAUGUCGACCGAGGAGUUCUGGUACUUCUACAACAGAAGUGAGUACAUCGCUGCCGUAAUUCAGAAGCAUCAGACCGUAAUCGUGAAUGCCAUGUCGGCGCGGCACUACGCUCGACUUCGCCGUCGUUGGCAUUAUGGUGGUAAGCCGUUCAUCGAAGCCUUCCAGAAUUGGACGCAAGAGAAGGGGGUGUACGUCGACAUCCAGAGUACCGUAGACUCCACUGUGGUCUUCGUCAAGCACUAUGUUCGUUGCAAUGACAAGAGUAAAGACGCAGAUAUUGGUGAUUUGUACCGCCUCGCAUCAGGUCUUGUUAGUUUGCACCUUCUCCUUCAUACACCCAAAGAACACGGUGGCUGUGCCUUUGGCUAUGGAGAGUCCGGGUACGAAGAUAUCCUGGCAGAGGCCAUCCCAGGAUACCAGAUCUUCCCAUCGUAUGCACAAAUCGAUUCAGUUGACAACUAUCUCACUGCCGUGAGAUCGAACUCAGAGUUCUUGGGUCCAGUGAGGGAGCUUUUCGAAGGACCGCGAACGUCGAAGCGGCUCACCACCUUGCGCAUGCCGUUCGUGGGCCACCUGCUGAGUGAGGAGGGACACACCAUGGAGAAGGAUAUUCGGGAGUUUUUGUGCUUGCGUAAGUUGCCGGACGGGUUUGCGUACUGUGUAGAGAGCGAGCAGCAUCUGCUGAGUAUUGAGGAUGUCGUUCGGGCGAAAUCUUCUGUGUUGGUCGUGCCUGGGCUUGAGAAGGUGGCUCUGCUGGAGAAAAUCGAUGUUGUCUAG